UUGGCCACAUUUUCUACCAACUUCUUGUGCAAUCGAAACUGAUUUAAAACGAUUUCAAGCAAGUAAUAUGCCUCCCAAAUCCAAGAAGCAAGAUGGACCGAGCAAAAAAACGAUGGAAAAGAAAAAGGAGAAAAUCAUUGAAGAUAAAACAUUUGGUCUGAAAAAUAAGAAAGGAGCAAAGCAGCAGAAGUUUAUCAACACCGUUACAAAUCAGGUCAAACAAGGAAAUGUCAAAGCUUCCAAGGCUGCGGACCCUUUCCUUGAUAGCAAAAAGAAAAAGGAAGAAAAGGCAAAGGAGAAAGAUCUUCUGAAUACCCUGUUUAGGCCUGUACAAACAAUAUCUAAAGGUGCAGAUCCAAAGUCGGUUCUCUGUGCAUUUUACAAACAGGGCCAAUGUUCAAAAGGAGCCAAAUGUAAAUUUUCACAUGACCUUGCAUUGGAUAGGAAGGGAGAGAAAAGGAACUUGUAUGAGGAUACUAGAGAUGAAGAUACUAUGGAUACUUGGGAUGAAAAUAAGUUAGAGGAAGUUGUGUCAAAAAAACAUGGAGAGAAUGAAAAAGCAAAACCCAAAACUGCUAUUAUCUGUAAACACUUCCUUGACGCCGUUGAGAAUUAUAAAUAUGGCUGGUUUUGGGAAUGUCCGAAUGGUGGAAAGAGUUGUCACUACCGACAUUGUUUACCCCCAGGGUUCGUGUUGAAGAGGGACAAGAAGAAAAUGGAAGAGAAUGAAGAAAAAAUUUCAAUAGAGGAACUUAUAGAGAAAGAGAGGUCGGCGCUCGGACACAACACAACCCGAGUUACAUUGGAGACAUUUUUGGCAUGGAAAGAAAGGAAGCGGAAGGAAAGGAUUGCUGCUGAUAAGAAAAAGAUGGAUAAGAAGAAAUCAGAUUUCAAAUCUGGUAAAACAUCUGGGAUCAGUGGCAGAGAAAUGUUUGAAUUUAAUCCUGACUUUGCUGUAAUGGAUGAUGAUGAGGCCCAAGAAGGAGUGUUAGAGAGAGAAGUAGACCCUGAUGAUGUUGAACAAGAGAAAGUGGUGGAAUUGAACCUUGAAUCUUUGGCGGGACUUGCACAAAAGGUAGACGGUACUGGUACAGUGUCGACAACGUCUCAGAGAGUUGGUGCGACAAGUGGCGCUGGCGAUUCAUCACAAGGAGCAGCCUCCAAAGACAAUGAAAAUGAGGAAGAUAAAUUGGACUUAGCAGGAGCAUUACCCCCGAAAAAUAACCAAUCAGAAACAGACGAAGUGAUAGCAGCAGCGUUGGCGGCGACAGUAAACGGAGAUACGAUAGAAAUUGAUGAGGAUUUGUUUGAUGGAGAGGACCUGGAUCUGGUGGAGGAAGACCUCGAAACUCUUGAUUUAUCGGACUGAAAUAUUUAUUAUCUUCAGGAAUAAAUUUCUAGCCUGGAAAAAUUACAUGAACACUACUAUUGAUGCAGAAUUAAGACUUUGAAAAACUACAGGUUCUGACAUAUUUGUUUGUAAGUAACUGUUCUUUGGAACAUUGAAAUGUUUUUUCCACGAACUGAUUGUGACAUUAUAUGAAUGAUGUUUGACUGGGUCGAGGGUUUUUAUCUGUGGAACAUGUGAUAAAUGUUAUUCUGGAAAUGAUAUUCAGUUAUGGUUCAGUUGUUUGGAGUACUGAAGAACAUUUGAUGAAACAUGUCAACUGGUCACGAUACUGUGACUGGUGACAGAAGUGAAGCUUUGUUGUAUAUACAUACCCAUGCUUGAUCAACUUUUCCUCAGAGUGUGUUAAUGACGAAACGCAAUGCUUUUCAUAAGAAAAUUUAUAAAUAUAUGCUUGAUUCAACAACAAAGUGUUUUUAGGUAUACAACACGUUUUCUCACAGUAAACAACAGCAGAUAUUUCUUUAAAAAAAGAAAAUAUUACAGUUCAGUUGUUUUGCUUAUAAGCAAACUUUGUGAAAUUAUAUCUUCUUUUCAAAUAUACAGCACUUCUGGUAUUGUUUUAUACAGUACAUCUAUGAUGUUAAAAGAACUGGUCGAGUGGUUUGAUUUCCACCCUCAAUAUACAGGAUUAUCAUUGAUACCACCUUAUCCCUGCCAAUAAAGAAAGGACGGUUGUAAA